AGCAACCUGGCCAGCGUGCGACACAUCUUGCUGGUGCUCUCUGGGAAGGGCGGCGUGGGGAAGAGCACCAUCUCCACCGAGUUGGCUCUGUCACUGCGGCACUCUGGGAAGAAGGUGGGGAUCCUGGACGUGGACCUGUGUGGCCCCAGCAUACCCCGCAUGUUCAAGGUGCAGGACAGCGACGUGCACCAGUGCGACAGUGGCUGGGUCCCCGUCUUUGUGGACCAAGACAAGAGCAUCUCGCUCAUGUCCAUCGGCUUCCUGCUAGAGAAGCCAGAUGAUGCCGUGGUGUGGAGAGGACCCAAGAAAAACGCUUUGAUCAAACAGUUUGUCACUGACGUGGCCUGGGGAGACCUGGACUUCCUCAUCGUGGACACGCCACCGGGCACGUCAGAUGAGCACAUCUCUACGGUGGAGGCUUUGCGGCCCUACAAGCCACUCGGAGCAAUCCUGGUCACAACACCCCAGGCUGUGUCUGUCGGAGAUGUGAGGCGAGAGCUGACGUUCUGCAAGAAGACAGGCUUACGAGUUCUUGGCAUUGUGGAGAACAUGAGUGGUUUCGUUUGCCCGCACUGCUUGGAGUGCACAAAUGUGUUUUCCAAAGGAGGAGGUGAGGAACUGGCCAAGCACGCUGGAGUUCCCUUCCUAGGCUGUGUUCCCCUGGAUCCUCAACUCAGCCAGAGCUUGGAAGAAGGCAGAGACUUCAUCCAAGAGUUUCCCAAAAGUGCUGCCUUCCCUGCCUUGGCUCACAUUGCCCAGCAGAUCUUGGACAGCACGUCACAGCGGAGCUCUUAAGGAGGCUGUGAAGCUGGACUCUUGC